CCCUGCCGCCACGCCAUGUCCGCCGGCUGGUUCCGGCGCCGCCUCCUGCCUGGGGGUCCGCUCCCCGCGCCACGGCCGCCCGGGCCCCGUGCCAGCCCGGUCCCCUACCGGCGGCCUCGCUUCCUGCGUGGCUCGGUCUCAGGCCCAAGCGCAGCCGACGCCUCGCGCUGCCGGGACGUCCGACCCGUGCGCAGCCCAGCGCGGGGCCGCGUGCUGCCCUGGAACGCGGGCUAUGCCGAGAUCAUCAACGCAGAGAAAUCUGAGUUCAAUGAGGACCAGGCCGCCUGUGGACAGCUGAGCAUCCGGAGAUCUGACUUUGCGACUGAAGAGGACGAGGAGUGGCUGACACUGUGCCCGGUGGAGUUCCUCACAGGUCAUUACUGGGCCCUGUUUGAUGGGCACGGCGGUCCCACGGCAGCCAUCCUGGCUGCCAACACCCUGCACUCCUGCCUGCGCCGGCAGCUGGAGGCUGUAGUAGAGGGCGUGGUGGCCACUCAGCCUCCAAUGAACCUCAGCGGCCGCUGCGUCUGCCCCAGUGACCCCCAGUUUGUGGAGGAAAAGGGCAUCCGGACAGAAGACGUGGUUAUCGGGGCUCUGGAGAGCGCCUUCCAGGAAUGUGAUGAAGUGAUUGGACGAGAGCUGGAGGCCUCAGGCCAGGUGGGCGGCUGCACAGCCCUGGUGGCCGUGUCCCUACAGGGAAAGCUAUAUGUGGCCAAUGCUGGAGAUAGCAGGGCCAUCUUGGUACGGAGAGAUGAAGUGCGGCCACUGAGUUCUGAGUUCACCCCGGAGACCGAGCGGCAGCGGAUCCAGCAGCUGGCCUUUUUUUACCCCGAGCUUCUGGCUGGUGAGUUCACCCGACUGGAGUUCCCUCGACGGCUGAAGGGGGAUGACUUGGGCCAGAAGGUUUUGUUCAGGGAUCACCACAUGAAUGGCUGGAGUUACAAGUACGUGGAGAAGUCCGAUCUCAAGUACCCACUGAUCCACGGACAGGGCAGGCAGGCUCGGUUACUGGGAACACUGGCCGUCUCCCGGGGCCUGGGAGACCAUCAGCUCAGAGUCUUGGACACGAAUAUCCAGCUUAAGCCCUUCUUGCUCUCUGUCCCACAGGUGACUGUGCUGGAUGUGGACCAGCUGAAGCCACAGGAGGAGGAUGUGGUUGUCAUGGCAACUGAUGGGCUCUGGGACGUCCUGUCCAAUGAGCAGGUGGCACGGCUGGUGCGGCGCUUCCUACCUGCGAACCGAGAGGACCCACAUAGGUUCUCGGAGCUGGCCCAAAUGCUGAUCCACAGUACACAGGAGACCGAAGAUGGACCCAUGGGAGAAGGACAGGUGUCCUAUGAUGACAUCUCUGUGUUCGUGAUUCCCUUAUACAGCCGGGACCGAGGAAGCAGUGGCCACUGAGGAUUCACGCAGGACACAACAUCCCAGUACCUCUUGAGCUGGUGCAGUCUGGGCGCCCCUCUGCCAUGGCCAAGAGCAGGCCCUUCCUGCCCUGUCCCCAGACAUGGCCCAGUACCAUUGCCCCUCACCCCAACUCUUGCCCACUCAAGGGGAGCAUUACCAGGCAGGCAGAGCUGGCAGAGUGUAGAGCCCGGCUCACCAGGCACCCCGUUUAGCAAGCAGGGAAAGAGCACCAUGUCAGUAACAUCCCAGUGGGGGAGGUACUUACAAUUUACAACACCCACCCAAGAAUCCUUAGACAGGAUCCUCAACACCCCAAGGUAUUAUUCCCAGAUAGGGACCCUGGGUAAGGGUGUUGGCCAAGGAUGCCUGAAGGGACAGUCUGUUUGGAUCCAGGUCUCCGAUCCAUGAAUGUCAGGGCGUCCAUUCAAUGCCCCCAGUCCACGCAGGGUAGGAACCUUUGGGUAGCCUCGCAUCUGCUGCAACAGCCACCUUAAAGAUGGCCCCUCCUCCACUGGAGGCAAGGCACCGGCCCUGGGGUUAAAGUCAGGGGACAGCAAAAAGGGACAAGAGGAACCCUUGGCUGGUUGGGGCGGGGGUGUGCUCUGACCACUGGCUUCUACCUCUGGCUUGGCCCCAGCCCCACUCUGACACCCCGAUGGUGCCUUUGCUUUGCCGCUCCCCAUCCCCACUCUACUAUUAAAUGGUUUUGUGCAGAAGAGCCCUUGUGAAUCGUCAAUUGCUGACCAGCUUUUGCUAUCUCUUGAUACUUUGUAGUGGAUUAGCCUUCACUCCAUCUUGUGAGCGCCUUGGAGUCAGGACCAUGUUUUCUCUGUGUUCCCCUAGUUCUCAGCUCAGCUCAGGGUGAGUGCCCCUCUCCCAUCUGACGUGUGAGGGAAUGGUUGCCCAGGGAACAGGAGGCCUCCCCUACUGGCUGUGAGCUUGGGCUUGAGGCACCCAAAGGGUAACUUGGUUUUGAGUGCACAUUUUGAUGAAGCUAGAUUUAGCUGGAGACAAGUCAUUUGGGGCCCUGGGGAUUGCUGUUUGUUGAUCACCUUGGUUCUUCACUUUCUCCAGGCUGUGUUUCAUCUUGAACUUGCAAGGCUCAGGUGCUGGGAAUUACUGAAUUGUAAGGCAACCACUUUCAUGAUCUCUGCUCUACUAACUCAUUCCUACUUCAGUUUACAAGUGAACUAAAUUCACAACAGGGAACUCAUACCCUUAGACUGCAGCCAGGAAGGAGGUCCAAUAGGCUCCCUAGCUGACAGCAAAACUCAAAAAACUCACGUACUUCACCCAUCUGAGAGGCUCUCAGAACCCUUUCCUGCCCAUUACCUCCUUUUAAACUUCAUGUCUACGCGUUCUCCAGAGAAGAUAGGAAAAACUACAGAACCAGACAUUUCCCAUUUUCACAUAGCCGUAUUCCACAGCCCAAGACUUUGGGCCUGCCCCUGUCCACAGCCGGGUCCUGACUAGCUUGCAUUGGCCCUGGAAGCUCCAGGCAGCCUCUCCAAGGCUCUACCAAUCAGGCAGCCGGCAGACGCAGGAGUUUUACUUCUCUUUUCCUCAGCACAGAUGUCCCCUCCCCACUCCUCCCUCAGCAAAGCGUGGGCAGAGUCCUGAGCCUGCCUCUCCCCACAUCAACUGCUGAGCCAGCUUGCCCCCACAAGCUUAGCUUGCUUCCGACCUGGCCCACUGCCUGCUCUUGCUCUUCAUACCACAAGCCCAAGGCGCAGGUGCAGUGGGUCUGCCAACUGCAAGUAGGCCCAACAAAUUGACAAAAGUGACUGCUGCAAGGGAAGCCAUGCUGACCUUUUUGUUCAGGUCUCCCAGCAGAGCCAAGCCUGCAGCAGUCUUCCCACCAGGACACAUAUGGGGCUCUCUUCCUCCUUGAGCAGACCCCACCAGAGCGACUCUUGUGGCUGACCACACACGAGCCGGAAGUUUCCCUCUGCUGCCCUAGCUAAUGACCAUGGGAAAAUAGCAGGCCCAAGGUUUUCUUAACUCUGGUUCAGAGAGAGCAAGGCUAAGGGGCAGGAGGUAGGUCCUGCUGCUCUGCAGAUGAACUAGAGUAGCAACCUGCAGGGGUUACCAACUCACCCAUCAAGGGAUGGGCAAGUAGUGGGCCAGGCCUUGCACCAGAGCUGCUGCGUAAGCCUCAAAAGAGUGGCCCCUCUCUGCCUGCCCUCCUUCUGCCUAGCUGCGUGAACCUUCUUCCAGCUGAGGUUUCCAGUCUGAGCAAGAGUUGAGACAGAGAAAAACAGUGGGGGGUACAAGGAACCUGAGGGUGUGUGCCAAACGCAGUAUUUAAAGGUGCAGUUUGGCUCGGGCAGGCCUUUCCUAGUAACUCACUUCAGGGCUUGUGGCUGCUACUAGAGCCCGAGGUUGCGGAGACCCAAGCCGUGUUCUGAGGGCUGGGUCUAGGGGCUCCCUCCUCCAGCCCACAGACCGUAGUCACCAGGGGACAGGCAGAGGAAGCUCAACAAUCCACCUACAUGGCAUUACAGUGAGCCCCAGUACAAGCCAAGAUGACUAACAGGAGACCACGCACCCCUCCCUCGAACUCUGGGAAGCAGGUUAACAGUGCUACAGAAACUCAGUGGAAACAGCUGCAGCCAUAACAUUCUGUUCAAGAAUGGUAACAUGGAAAAAAAUGUUUAUAUGUUAAGUACAAAAAGGACAUAAAACUGUAUAUACAGUAGAAUAACCACUAUGUAAACACACCAAAAGACUAUGCACAGAAAAGUCUAAAGGAACAUUUGACACCGAAAGAUUAACAGUGGUAGUAGCAUUUGGGUGACAAACUGAUUCUUUUAAAAAUUCCCGAAUUAUUAAUAAGCAUUGUGAUUACAACAGGGAAUAAUUGUUAAAAAUACCUCUCUGGCUGGUGGUUGAGCAGCACAGCGUAGCUGUCGCAUACCAGCAGGUGGCUUUGGCCUGACUCUAGAGAGGGCUGCAAGCCGGCCCCUAACAGAGGAGAGCUCAACUGCUCCUGACCCCGAGGACAGCACCCAGGCCGGCCCCGCCCCCUGCCGCCGGGGCCACAGCUCCUUCCCUCUGCCCCAUCCCCAUCAUUCCUCCUCCCUUCCCAACUCAGGAGCCAGCUCUGCAGCCACAGGGCCCGGCCUAGAAAGAGAGGCCCUGCCGUGCAAUGGCAUGUUUUCAAAAGAUGGUGUCUCAGCUUUCUGCACACAGGAACUCAAGUACAAAACACUUUCCUGCUGCUGAGCGAGUCAAGCUUGGUGGUUGCUCAGGUGGCAGAUAUGUUAAUUAUGCAGUCUUUUCACUCACUUGAAUAGUUACUCCUAACACAAAUAUUCUACCCUGGAAGGCUGCAAGUAGGCACAAACAGCUCAGAUCAGGCGGUUUUCUCAAAGCCCCACCUCUACGCAGUGGGUGGCACCUCAGCAGCUGCAGACUUCAAGCUGCGUUUGGGGAAGGCAUCCGUCCUUUGACUUGAGGAACAAAUCAGAAAGUAAUUGUUAGCAAUUCAGGGCCUAUUCCUGCAGCUGAACAGAAGCAGGGAUGGCUUGUUUAUAUAGCCUCGCAGCUAUGUGUGCUUGGGCAAAUGAGAACCUUGUUGAGCCUCAGUUUUUAGAACAGCAGGAACUAGGUGCGUGGCCUGCUCAAACGUUUGUUUGUUUGGGAACUACGCAAAUUAACAUGCCACUCGCCCUGCUCCAAGAUCGCCAUGCAGGGGAGGGAAAGGCCAAGAGCCAGCUGCUCCAAGAUAGCCAUGCAGGGGAAGGAAAGGCCAGGAGUCCACCUUGGCUGAUCUCAACCUGUGUCUGGCCAGUGCCCCUCCCUCUCCAAAGAGAAGGCAAGGAAAAGAAGCAAGCAGACAUACCAGAAAAAGAGAGUGACCUGUAAUUGGCAAAGGAGCCUCAGACAAACUGAAAAUGCUCUGGUUCCAGCAUCCUGUUCCCAAAUGCUGCAAGCCAGACACAACAAAAGGCAUGCAAGAGUGACUGUCACGUAUAUACAGGUGCAGACAGGGCAUCACUGGGCAAAAGGGGGCUAAUACUGCAGGGAGGGCCCCAAAGUGCCGUUGGAGAAAUACAAGGGAGUCAACCCAAGACCCUCACACUUAACUGCCAUGGAAACAGCAAACACUUGAAGCUUUGCUUCGUUUAGCCUCCUGAAGGAAAAAAGGUAAUAGGGAAGACUCACUAAUACUCGUGGCAAACACUAUUAGCAAGGAUACAGUCUUUCUCCCGGGCUGAACUCUGAGAAACUGCAGAUGAUUAUACGGAAACCAGGUUUCUUAACAUCCUUAAACUAUAUAUAGAUAUAUAUAGUUUAUAUAUAUGCACACAUGUACGCACCCACACACGUAUUUAAAUGAAGGUGCACACACUGUGCUAAAAUACAACCAGAAAUCAAAGGUCAUAUAUAAAAGGCUAAAUAGAACAUAUAACACAGGCCUAGAACCAGCUCUUGGCUGGGGAGCUGGGGAAAAGGGGUGGUACCACCUGGAGACUAUGUACACAAUCUGUGGCAGGCAGGGACGCAUCAGUGUAAACAGCUCAGACUCACUCCACAAUACUGGCCCACAGGAACGUGUGAUGUAUCUAAUGUGCAAAAAGAGGCUCCCGCCUUGCUUUGUACACAACCAGGCUCCGCAGGAACCUAGGAGGCCCGCAGGUUUGUCUUGAUGACGGGACUGCGCCAAGCUGCUGCUAACCUCUCAGCCCUGGGAACUUACCUGUUACCCCUUUCAGGCUCUUGGGCCUUUUACCAUCCAAUACCCAGGGCCAAAAAAAAAAAAAUUGUUUUUUCUUUUACCCAGGGCCAUGAGGCGCACCCAGACCACUCGCCCUCACAAGAGUAACUGCACAGCCUCCUGGCAAGCAAGGUCUUUUUGUAUCUGUCCCUUUCUCUGACUCCAAGAUAUAUGAAGGCUUAUUUCUGUAAAUAGUUGGCACCUAAGAAACACCGUUGUGGAAUGAUGCCACGACACAGCGAGACCAGUAACAAGACAUGCAGGGCAAGCAAGGGCAAGGGGCUGAGCUGCCCCGGCAUCUCAAAGCCAGAACUGCAGCUUCCCAUGCAUUACAGGGUGGAGAAGGGAUGUGCCGAAUGAACAACUUCACCGGCUCCUCAGCGGCAAAUACAUUCAGAAUUGAAGGCGUCUUGAGGGCCCCACUAAACCCUAAUCAUGAGUCUGGUCACUCCUCUGGAGGAACUGGUGCAGUGACAGCUGGAAAACCAGAGUCCCGAUUGAGCUGCGGUUCCGAGAGUCCUGCUGAAGAAGCAGGGCACAGGAGUUUUUUUUGCUUGAGUAGAUGUACGGCAGUACAUCCACGGGAAGGCCAUGUGAAGGAUGCUCUCCAGCCCAGUCAAAUGAUCCAAUCCCGGUAUGAUCUCAGUCCCCUCUGAGUUUUUUCCUGCUGGCCCCUCACAAACAGCUGAGUAGCAUCAGGGUCAGUCAUCAAUGGUAGGCAACCAGAAGGCCUGGAAGGAGAACACAAGUCAACUUAAAAAACCUGCGGCUCUCUCCUCACUGCGGAGGGUUUUUCAUACUCUGCCCACAGCAUCAAGGGCCCCAGCCCCAGUGGUGGGGGAAUUAUGGCUGCAGCCCUCCCUUCCGCCCAACCAACUCUGGCAAUCUUUGAAGACUGAAACACUCCUCUCUCUACGUGAAGGCAAGCCGGUUCUGAUCCCUCCAACAUACAUCCGCCUUCUACCACAGUAGUCCUAGUGGUGAGGAAAAAUAGGAAUGUGGCCAGGAGGGGUAGGCUUGGGCAACUUGGCCUUACUGCUAAUCCACCAGGUGGCCUUCCUGAGCUGUAGCAGUUUCCAGAUGGUGGACGGGAGGGUUCUGCUGUGUUUCUUCUCACACUGGUUAAAAAAGGGGGGGCUGGGCAAUGUACUCUGGGUGGGAUGGUAGUAAACUGCCCCAUCCCUAAAUUCCCAGGAGAUCCCAAGAGGAAACUGGAGGCUGAACUCACUGAUCCUUUGUUCUGUUAGUGUUGUCUAGGAAGUGACAGAGGCCUGGAGGAAACUCUAAGUGGUGAAUUACAAUUAACUGUAAGAAUUUCUGAGGAAUCCAGCAUAAACUGAAAGAACUGGAAAACUGAAAAGUUGCGGCCACAAAUGGCUAGUUCAGAGUAUUUUUAAGUAGCAAAAAAAAAAAAGGUCAAGUGUGGUCCUAAGUAGUCUGGGCCUAAAACCAGGGGCCACAGUGAAAACUGGCCUGUCUCCUAGGAGCUCAGAGGUGAUCCCCGCUCAUGGGAAGAAGAGUAGACGUGAACGACCAGCCCAACCAGAGAUCAGACAACAGGAGGUGAAAACAGGGAGGCCAAGAGCUGAGAAACACGGACCUGGGUGCUUGGAAUGUAUCUAAUGUUUAGAACACAGCUUUCUGUUAGGGCAUCCGCCAACCAACUGCAAAGUGCCCUGAGGUGGACACCCCCGUUAGUCACAUACCAUGUUGGAACACGCGCUGGCAAAGGUCAUGAACUUCGGGUUGAACUGCAAACAGGUGAUGGGGCCUGUAUGUUUUCCAUCCAGCACAGCUACUUUGAUGCCACUCUCUCCAUUCCAGACGUGGAUCUUGCCAUCCUCUGAACCUAAAGAGAAUGACCAAGAAAAAUGUGUCUGCUCAAGACACCAUACAGACAACUGAGAACCAGACACGGAUUGAGGUCUAGAGAAGGCUGAGCCCUUAGCAGAAAUUGAGAGGGGGAAGAGGCAAUGAAGGAAGUAUACUUCAGGAAUUCUUUUUGACCCCAGCUAUUUGUUCUCAGGCAAGUCACUUCUCUCAGUUUUCUCAUCUGAAAAAGGGACUGACUACCAUUUGCUCUACCAACACGCAGUCAUUAAAACAAUUUGAAUGCAGGGUUAUUCCAGAAGUUAGCAUUACCAGUAAGGUAGCACUUGUAGAGUUUAACCUAAUGGUGAUCCAGAGAAGAACAAUAUUAAUGCCAUUCCCAGCAGAGAAUACACAAGUCAGUACAGUUUAUACACUAUACUUUUGGUAUAAUGUGAAACAUAGGAAUCUGAGAAUAUAUACCAAGCGGAUAAUUUAACAAAUAAUAUAAGAGUUAAUCAUCACAAAAAUAAUUUAAAUAAACAAAGGCACAGUACUAGAGAAAUACCAAGGCCAAGGGGGAUAAAGGAACCUCACCAAUCAUAAUAAACUGGGAGUCUGGAGUAAAUGAGGCCUCCAGUGUGACAGCUUUGCUGUUGGCAUAACCCUAAAACAAAGCAGAGCAAUUACAGGGCCAUUAACAAAACAACUGCCUACAAACACCGACCCAGCACACGCAGCACCUUCCUUUUCACGAAACCCACCCCUGCUCACAUACAGCACCACCAAGGUUCCAAAUGGUGCCACCGCCCUUUAAAAUCACCCCCUCCUCCCAGCCCCCUAUUAGGAGGGGGCAAGAGAAUGGUUUACAGUCAGGAAUUAUUUUUUAUUUUAUAUCUAAAUACCAAACCUGCAUCACUGGGUGAAAAGUGGAUGUGUUCCACUGCCUCAGAAUCCAAGGGAAAUGAGCUCACGUGGAGAAAGAGAAUGCAAGCUCAUGCCCUGAUCAGUCAAGGGUAACUGCUGGUCUCCACAAACCAGCUUAGACAAUUCUAGCCCAGGAGGUAUGAGCACGGAAACAACCAUACUCAAAGGCUGCCAGCUCACCCCAAAUGUGUGCAUCACCACUCCCUUGAACGCAUCAAUGAGACGAAUGAAGCUGCCAUUGGUGGAGAUAAGGAUGAGUUUGCCAUCAUUGCUGAACUUCAGUCCUGUCCACUCACAAGUUCGAUCAUACUGCAUCUUAAAGGUUGCAAAUGGUCCCUGAAAGAAACAAAAAUAGCAUUCCCAGGCCCAAGGCACAUUAAUAAUUCCUUCUGCAGGAGCCAACUCCCAUCCUGUCCCUCUAGACUCCUUUUUGACUAGGGAAAACAGAGACAGAAGCCUGGCUCUGCCCCUCUCUCACACCACCACAUACCUUCUCUACUGUGAGAAGGCUCUUAAACAUCCAUCUCACCCUUAAACGCUUCCGUGUCAAGGUUGCUCAAAAGGUUCAGAGAUUUACCUUGUCAAAAGAACGAAGAUCAUAAAGUUUGACCAUUUCAGAAUUGACACCUGCAGCAAAAAUUAAGCCUUCUGGAUCAAAAGAACAAACCGGCUUGCCCUGUAAAUGCAUGAGGCCCUGGGGGGGGGGGGGAGACAAAAAGUUAAUGAAUCCAGGACUCUAACACUGUCUAAUUUACUUUUACCAAUGAAAUCUAAAAAAGGGAGAGGAAUAGCGACCAGCCUACCUACAGAAGGGAAAACACAAAGAUAAAACUAACCAAAAUAAGGCUUUUUAAAAAUAAGGCCCACACUCAAAAAAAAAAAAAGAUCCCCAUUCUGUACAACUGAUUUCA